AUGCUCAGAAGGUUUGCAUGAAGUGGCGCCAAAUCUGCAAGGACCCAAUUAUGUGGCACACCAUUGAUAUGCGAAAUCGUGGCUACGAGUGCUAUGACUUGGUUAAGAUGUGUUGCUAUGCAAUUGAUCGUAGCUGUGGUAAUUUGGUUGAUAUCAGUAUCGACCAUUUUGGCACCAAUCGGCUCCUCAAGUACAUCACUGACAGUUCAAGCAGAAUCAAACGCCUCCGACUAGCACUUUGCAAGAGAAUAUCAGAUGAAGGAUUGAUUGAAGUGGCUAAGAAACUUCCACUGCUGGAGGACCUUGAAAUUUCAUUAUGCCGACUCUCAAGCAAAUCUCUAGAAGUGGUUGGGUGCUCUUGCCCUCUUCUGAAAUCGUUUAAAUUGAAUCGGCUAACAGAUGCUGAAUAUGAUGAUGUCAUUGCUCAUACAAAGAAAAAUGAGGAAGCAUUUGCUAUUGCAAGAACAAUGCACGGUUUACACCACCUUCAGCUUUUUGGGAAUGAGCUGACUAAUGAGGGCUUGAAGGCAAUUCUUGAUGGUUGUCCUCAGCUCGAGUCACUGGACUUGCGAUAUUGUUAUAACCUUAAUCUGAAGGGUCCUUUGGGAAAAAGAUGUUCUGAGCAAAUAAAAAAGUUAUGGCUUCCUCGUGAUUCCUUUGCCGACUAUGACUUCCGUUUCACUGUUCGUGGUUAUGGCGGAUCCCCACGUAAGUUUGGUAUAUCUGACCUGAUUGGAUUUCCCAGAAUGGAUAAGGAUUACGAUGAAAAUGGCUAUGGUAUUUAUUGUGGUUUCUCCUCGGAUGAUAGUGAUUGGUAUGAUGAUUAUUACUCUAAACCUCCACUGGAAGACCUUCUUGGACUUGAUCAGGAAGAUAUGGAAUUUUUUGGACUUUGGGAAGGGAUGCAUAAGGGAUUAUUCUGACUAUUUUGAUGAUUUUGAUGAUUAUCCAGACUAUCUAAGUGAUGAUAUGGUCUUUUAGCAUUCGGAACUCCAGGAACAAAAAGCUUCAAGCAUCCAAGUGACGUUGAAUUUCUCUACAUAAGGCGUCGGUAGUUAUGGUGAUCUUAUUGCAUGUUUUUGGUCGAGAAAGGUCGAUUUACGAGGAACUUUUGCACUUUCCUCCUUGGGAAGCAGUUAUCACUUGAGAUCUUGUUUUGCAGCACGGCCUUUAUCAGACUUGGGUUCUUUUUUCAUCAUGCUAGGGUUCACGUUUAGCUCUUUUGGGACUUUUUUUUAUUUUUAUAUUCGUUAUUUUCUUGUAUGUGUCUUUGCUUUGUGAUAUUCUCAUAACUAUAUCUGCAUUUCUUUGCCGUGUAAUAAUUUUAUCAAUGGAGAUUUUUAUCACUGUUAGAUCU